UGUUUUCCUAUACACACCUGAAGUCUCAACGCGGCACAAAGUGCCACCUAAUCAAAUUGCAGUACGACCGAAGCAUUUCAGGCAGAGCGCCGAAAGAGUCUUUUGUUGUUCCGUGUACUGCUGCUUAACCAGAAGAUGACGAUAAAGCACAGCCACGGUAAUCAUUUGAAAUACAUCAGCUUGGUUACACUAACGCUACAAAAUGCAAUCCUGGGAUUAAGUAUGCGGUAUGGCAGAACCAGACCCGGCGAUAUUUUCUUCAGCUCAACGGCUGUCGUGAUGGCGGAGUUAGUGAAGCUCAUUACUAGCCUGGUGCUGGUAUAUAAUGAAGAGGGCAAACGGUUUCAUCAGUUCCAAGCUGCACUAUAUCAAACGAUCAUCAAGCAACCACUGGACACACUCAAGAUCAGUGUACCUUCGAUGCUAUACAUCAUUCAAAACAACCUGCUGUACGUAUCCGCGAGCCACCUGGACGCGGCCACGUAUCAAGUUAGCUACCAGUUGAAAAUAUUGACUACAGCUGUCUUUGCCGUGCUGAUAUUGCGCCGCCGCCUGUUGCCAACGCAGUGGGCUGCCCUCGUUUUCCUGGUGGUUGGUGUCGCGUGUGUACAGCUGGCACAAUCGGACGGCGACAGCGGAACAGCUGCAACCCGUCAUCAGCCAAUGCCAGGUUCUGGUAUUGAACAGAAUCGCCUGCUUGGUUUCAGUGCGGUCUUGGGCGCUUGCUUCUUGUCCGGUUUGGCUGGAAUUUACUUUGAGAAGAUGCUAAAAGGUGCAGAAAUCUCAAUCUGGAUGCGUAACGUACAGCUGAGUCUAUUGUCGUUGCCGGCCGGGCUUGCAACGUGUUUGUUUAGCGACGGCUCAAAACUUCUUUCCAACGGUUUCUUCUUCGGAUACGAUGCUUUUGUCUGGUAUCUCAUUUUAUUACAGGCGGUAGGCGGACUGAUAGUAGCUGUCGUCGUCAAGUAUGCGGAUAACAUACUGAAGGGUUUUGCCACUUCGCUCGCGAUUAUCAUUUCAUGCGUUGCGUCGAUCUUUAUUUUCGAUUUUAGUCUCUCACUGCAGUUCACCAUCGGUGCUGCGCUGGUUAUUGGGUCAAUUUUCCUCUACGGCUACGAUGCCUCAAGCAAGGCCAUUACUACCUCCAAGGCGCAUCAAAAUUCUGGCGGUCAGCGCCCAACCAAGCAUCAAGCGUUCUCCGAAGCCGAGGAACGGUUGCUGGCGGAGAAGGUUUAAUACGAAAAAAAUGAAUCGAUGAAACAUGCUGUAAUAGAAAGAGCCCAAACGGCAUCGUGAAUGGUAAAGGAAAGUUAGGAUAGCUUAUUCAAUAGUAUUGAAACCAUGUUUGCGAUAUAGCAUGUACAUACCGUAAACGAGCAUGUACACUACGCGUUACCCUCGCAAAACACUCCGGUGCCUGCUGCAUUGUGCAUCAACUGCCGUAGUUGCAGCGUGCAGUAGAAAGAGGAAUCGAGUAAGGGUUCGCCGCUGUGUUGAUGAUACGAGAAGUUAGAUUUAGUUAAUUCGAAUAUAUUGUAAGAGGCGAUGGAUCGUUCGACAAUAGUACGAAUAUAAUGAAUUUAUUAUACAAAAAAAAAAUGGAUAGGAAAUCCUAGUGAAUACCGAGAAGUAAGAAAAGCAUUUUAUGAUUGAAAAACAUAAAUAAAACAGGUAAAU